GACCUCUAUGGUUGCCCAAAGGCACAUAACAAACAACAAUAUUCUACGUAGUACGUAGUUCAUAGAAUUAUCUAAGAUGAUGAUGAAAAGAAUGGGGGCUUGGAUGUUGCUAGCAUUAUUGACUUUGGUUGGCGAAUGGCAUGGUCGUUGUUAUGGGUGUUUGCAGGAAGAGAGGAUUGGUCUCUUGGAGAUCCAAUCUUUGGUCGACCCAUAUGGCGUUUACUUGAGAGAUUGGGUGGACAGUAGUAAUUGUUGUGAGUGGCCUAGGAUCGAGUGUGAUAACACUACAAGGCGAGUGGUCCGACUCUCUCUCGGGGGUGCAUGGGAUUUCCGCUUGGGCGAUUGGGUUCUCAACGGAUCUUUGUUUCUGCCUUUUAAAGAAUUGCAAAGUCUUGAAUUGAGAUGGACUGGAUUGGUUGGUUGCUUGGAGAAUGAAGGCUUCGAAGUCCUAUCAUCAAAACUGAGGGAACUUGGCCUAAGUGAUAACGGAUUUAAUAAAAAUGAUAAAAGCAUUUUGUCAUGUUUCAAUGGUAACCUUUCCACUCUCGAGUCUUUGGAUCUAUCAGGCAAUCGGUUGACAGCUGGAUCAGGAGGUAGCUUCUAUGGUCUCGAAGUCUUGUCAUCAAGGUUGAAAAAGCUGGAGAACCUUGAUCUAUGGGGGAAUCAAUGCAACGAUAGCAUUCUUCCAUCUCUAACUGGGUUUUCAUCUCUCAAGUCUUUGGAUCUGUCGUACAAUGAGUUGACAGGAUCAGGUCUCGAAGUCUUGUCAUCACGGUUGAAAAAGCUGCAGAACCUUCAUCUAGGGUCGAAUCAAUACGACGAUAGCAUUCUUCCAUCUCUAACUGGGUUUUCAUCCCUCAAGUCUUUGGAUCUGUCGUACAAUGAGUUGACAGGAUCAGGUCUCGAAGUCUUGUCAUCAAGGUUGAAAAAGCUGGAGAACCUUGACCUGGGUUGGAAUCAAUACAACGAUAGCAUUUUUCCAUCUCUAACUGGGUUUUCAUCCCUCAAGUCUUUGGAUCUGUCGUACAAUGAGUUAACAGGAUCAGGUAUAAUACACAGUUUUGAGAUCAUAUCAUCACAUUUGGGGAAACUCGAGAACCUGGACCUGAGCUAUAAUAAUAGAUUCAACGACAGCGUUUUAUCACAUCUGCGUGGGCUUUCUUCUCUCAAGUCUUUAAAUUUAUCAGGCAAUAUGUUGCUAGGAUCGCCGCCGACUGUCAAUGGGACUUUCUUCAAUUCUAGCACCCUUGAAGAAUUGCAUCUAGAUUAUACUUCUCUCCCAAUAAACUUUCUCCAGAACAUUGGAGCAUUGCCUGCUCUUAAAGUUUUGUCUGUUGCUGAAUGUGACCUCCAUGGCACCCUACCCGCUCAAGGUUGGUGUGAAUUGAAGAAUUUGAAGCAGUUAGAUCUUGCUAGAAAUAAUUUUGGAGGUUCACUCCCAGAUUGUUUGGGGAACUUGUCAUCUCUACAACUAUUAGAUGUUUCUGAUAACCAGUUUACUGGAAAUAUUGCCUCUAGUCCUCUUACCAACCUCAUAUCCCUUGAAUUCCUCUCACUAUCAAAUAACCUCUUUGAAGUUUCUGCUUCAAUGAAGCCUUUAAUGAACCACUCAAGCCUCAAGUUCUUCUCCAGUGAGAACAACAGACUAGUAACGGAACCUGCUGCCUUUGAUAAUUUGAUUCCAAAGUUCCAACUAGUUUUUUUCUGCUUGUCAAGUAAUCCAACAUCGGAAGCACUCAAUGUAGAAAUUCCCGACUUCCUCUAUUACCAAUACGACUUAAGAGUCCUUGAUCUCUCCCACAACAACAUCACCGGAAUGUUUCCAUCGUGGUUGCUUAAGAACAAUACACGAAUGGAGCAACUAUAUCUGAGCGAGAACUCCUUUGUUGGUACUUUGCAGUUGCUAGAUCACCCAUAUCCGAAUAUGGCCGAAUUAGAUAUAUCCACCAACAACAUGAAUGGUCAAAUUCCAAAAGAUAUUUGUUUGAUCUUUCCAAAUAUGUGGAUCUUAAUGAUGGCUAAGAAUGAAUUCACAGGUUAUAUUCCUUCUUGUUUAGGAAAUAUUAGCUCUCUUUCAUUUUUAGAUUUAUCCAACAAUCAAUUGUCUACAGUAAAACUAGAACAACUAACAACAAUAGAGGUUCUCAAGCUGUCAAACAACAAUUUGGGUGGGCAAUUACCGACCUCGGUGUUCAAUUCUUCUGGCCUGUCUUCUCUCUACCUAAGUCAUAACAAUUUUUGGGGUCAGAUAUCAGAUAUUCCAUUAUGUGGGUGGAAAGAGUGGAAUGUAUUGGAUUUGAGUAACAAUCAAUUUUCAGGCAUGUUCCAAGGAGCUUCGUUAAUUUUACGAGACUUGGAGCAAUUGAUUUUUCCAAAAACCAUUUUAAGGGUCCGAUUCCAAGAGACUUUUGUAAGUUUGACCAGCUUGAAUAUUUGGACCUUUCUGAGAACAACUUGUCUGGAAAUAUGCCAUCUUGUUUCAAUGCACCACAAAUACUCUUCCCUGGUUACAAUGGAUCUUCGAGAUAACACCUUCACCAGCUCCAUUCCAAAUUGGAUUGGCAAUCUUUCAUCACUGAGUGUUCUUCUUCUGAGGGAUAAUAUCUUUGAUGGUGAGCUCCCUGUUCAGUUAUGCUUGUUAGAACACUUAAGCAUUUUGGAUGUUUCACAAAACCAGCUCUCUGGUCCACUACCCACCUGUUUGGGCAAUCUUACUUUCAAGGAAAGUUCCCAUAAAGCAAUAGUGGAUUUCCAAUAUCGUUUUGGAUCAACGUCCAUAGAAAAAGCUUAUUAUGAAACAAUGGGUCCACCGCUAGUGGGUAGCAUGUACAGCUUGGAAAGGGGUUUUUUACUUAACUUCACAGAAGAAGUGACAGAAUUUAGAACUAAAAAUAUGUAUUAUGAGUACAAGGGGAAAGUUCUCAGCUACAUGUCUGGUAUUGAUCUCUCCAAUAACAACUUCAUAGGAGCAAUCCCACCAGAAUUUGGAAACUUAAGUAAGAUACUGUCAUUAAACUUAUCACACAACAAUUUCACUGGAUCUAUCCCUGCAACAUUCUCAAACCUAAAGCAUAUUGAGAGUUUGGAUCUUUCUUACAACAACUUGAAUGGUGUCAUCCCUCCACAACUUACUGAAAUUACCACACUGGAAGUUUUUAGUGUGGCACACAAUAACUUGUCAGGUAGGACACCUGAGAGAAAAUAUCAAUUUGGGACCUUUGACGAUGAAAACAGUUACGAAGGAAAUCCUUUCUUGUGUGGACCUCCAUUACGAAACAAUUGUAGUGAGGAAGCAGAGCCGUCACAGCCAGUGCCUAAUGAUGAACAAGGAGAUGAUGGUUUCAUAGAUAUGGAGUUCUUCUACAUCAGUUUCAGUGUAUGUUACAUAGUUGUGGUGAUGACCAUUGCAGCAGUUCUCUACAUCAAUCCACAUUGGCGACACAGGUGGUUGUUCUUCAUCGAAGACUGCAUUGAUACUUGCUACUAUUUUGUGGUGGAUAGUUUCCGCAAGUUCUCCAACUUCAGAAGGUGAAUUCUUCAGAAGGUGAAUUUGUUACAGGGAGACGGUCGUUCCUAGUUUGUGAUGAUUGUUUGUCUAGCUAUUGGUAAUUUGUAGUGUACUGCCUCUAAGCUCAGCCUUUCUAUUUGAUUAGUUAUUCGGGCUAAAUAUAUAAGCUGGACUUCUCAUUCCUGAAUCAUUAGGAAGGAAACUGAUUUGGAUUGGUCAUUGA